AUGUUCUGUCGUUCAUUAGUCUCGAGGGCUUCGGUACUGAGAACCGUGACUUUCCGUUCAUUCAGUACGUUUACUUGUACAACUCCGCCAAUUAGGCUACUGACAUCUUUAUGGAAACCUUCUCUUUAUUUACUCCAACCAACAAGAGGUUUCAAAGUGCGCAGCUCUUUGAAAAAAUUCUGUAAAGAUUGUUAUAUAGUUAGAAGGAAAGGUAGAGUCUACGUUUAUUGCAAAUCUAACAAGAGACAUAAGCAACGUCAAGGUUAG